UUUUUUUGCUGAUAAGAACAUAUCUCAUACGUUUGGGAUUAUCUAUAUUAUCUAUGGUUUGAGUGAUGCAGAAUUUGCUAAAAUACUUUAAUAUAGUGAAAUACUAAGCUUGCAAAAUGACAUUGAUACCGUCUGUAACACGUCUUUCUUCAUCCAUUAUACGUAUUUUAGGAUGCAAUCCAGGUCCAAUGACACUGCAAGGCACAAAUACAUAUCUGUUGGGCACUGGCGCAAGACGCCUUUUGAUAGAUACCGGCGAUGUAGACAUACCAGACUAUAUCGAACAUUUGCACGAAGUUCUAAAGCAAGAACAGGCAAAAUUAAGCACCAUAAUAUUGACACAUUGGCAUCACGAUCAUGUGGGUGGCGUGAAGGAUGUGGUAAAGACGUGUGCUGCUGAUGAUUGUCGGGUUUUUAAAUUCCCACGAACAGAUGCGUUGGAUGUGUGUCCAGAGAUCCCCGUUGAUAUUAAGGUGCAUGCUCUGCAGGAUGAACAAGAACUAAGUGUAGAUGGUGCAAAAGUGAAAGUAAGGCAUACCCCUGGCCAUACAACAGAUCAUGUUGUUUUGACCACAGACGAUGGCAUACUUUUUAGUGGCGAUUGUAUUUUAGGCGAGGGUACUGCUGUAUUUGAAGAAUUAUAUGACUAUAUGAAAAGUUUGCAUAAAAUAUUGGAAAUGAAACCUAAGGUCAUUUAUCCGGCACAUGGCAAUAUUAUCGAGCAACCUAUGAGUAAAAUUCAGUUCUACAUCAGCCAUCGAAAUCAGCGCGAAGAGCAAAUUAUAGAUUUCUUCAAUCGCCAUCCUAAUAAACCUCUACAAGCUAUGGAUGUAGUACGUGAUGUAUACAAAGAAACACCCGAACAAUUAUGGCCUGCUGCUGCUUACAAUGUUGGACAUCACCUUGAGAAAUUGCAGCGUGAAGGAAAAUUGAAGUUAAUAACAAGAAGCGAUGAAAAAUAUUACGAAUAUCAAAAGAGCAGUGCUUUAUAAUGUGAUUAAAGUGUAAAUAGGGAGUGGGUUCGAGAUUUACUAUUUUUAUAAGUAUAAUAUGAAAAAUGCAUAUGUGAUUUGUACAAAUAUUACCACGUAUAUACAUUAUUUCUAAACAACUUUAA